AUGGCAGAUAUCAAGCCGUAUCAACCCCCAGCAGGGAGCGGGCCUUGGGCAUACCCUACUGUUCAUUCUCGUCUUUUAGAGAUGGAGCCCUCUCCGGACGUGGCUUUGGAGGAAAUAACAUGGCAUUCCCCGCAUCACAUCCAGAUGAUGGGUGGCUUCAUCCACUCCAACAACAUUCUUUUUUACUUUGCAGAAUCGCCCUUUUUCGAUCCUACCUCUAACAAUGCCUCCCUCGCCCUGCAGGCCAUGCAUAACGAGAACUUCCGACCCUUCAUCGAGACACGCGAAGCAUUUGAAGGAAGGUUGAAGACUAUGCAAGGGCUCGAGUUCAUUGUUGCGCGCGAUCCGCUCCUGGAGGUUGCAGCCGCGAAUACUGCGGCCGUUGCGCGUGGUGAACAGCCCAAGGAAGCGUCAAACGUAUGGGUGAUCAGGAAGCAGAUGAGGAGGCGAGGGAUCGGGGGGCAAGACGAUGUGCAGAUUCUAGCGACAUAUUUUGUUGUGGGGGACUCGGUGUUUAUGGCCCCGUCGGUGUGGAGCGUGGUUGGGAGGAGAAUGCUCUCGACUGUCACUUCUCUAACAAAGGUUCUCUCCACGGCAUCUCCCCUCCUCACAUUCUCCCCGUCCUACGGCACAGCUACCGCCCACACGUCCCAAAAAUCCCUAGAACCAUCGCAACCCGGCCAACAAUCCACCCAGCAGAGCAAAGAAACGACGCCAUUGCCCGACCUCCAACAAACCCCUGGAGAUAAAACAGCAUCCAAAUCUUCCUUCACAUCCACAUCAACCUCUGCCGCGCUCAAUGCCUCCGCUUUACAAGACGCCCGAAACUUUGCAGAAACACUCAACCUCCUCGCCCGCUACGGAGACGAGUACAUAGACGAAACGCCACUGGUUGGCGAACCAGGUUCCUUCAUAUUCACCAAAACCGCAGCGCCUGCACAGGAGCAGCUGUCUGUGACCGCACGUGAACAUGCGCCAAGGCAGAAUAUUCAAUCUGUCGCAGGCACCCCUGCACCACCUGGGCCUGGGAGACCUGGUACCCCUUCUUCCCGAUCGGUUAACAUGCAAUCAGAUGCCUUGAAGGGAAAGGUAGAAAAGCACAAUGAUAAACCCACGACAGCUGCAAAGGAUAAGGGUAAAAAGAAGAAAGCUAAAGCCGGAUCACUCAGUCAAUAA